AGGUGCUUCCGGGCCGAGUGGUGGCGGCCGCGGGUGAGCGGCGCGGGGGGUCAUCGGGGAGCAGGAGCAAUGUUGGCCCCAGAGAGCAGGUCCGUGUUCGAGGCUGCCCAGGACCCCGUCCUUCUUCACGGUCUGACCCUUGUCAGUGGAGUUGCUGCAGAUGCAGGUGCUGCUGAGUUGGCACCAGUGAGCCACGAGAAGCCUGCAGCUGCCAGCUGCAAGGAGAAGGUCCAUGAGGUCCCUGAGAUGCCAGAGAGGAUGUGCUGCUCAACCUGUGGGCAGGUGUUCGGCAGCCGGGAGGAGCAGACUGAGCACUACCGUCUCGACUGGCACCGCUUCAACCUGAAGCAGCGACUCCGGGGGCGCCGGGCAGUGCCUGUGGAAGUGUUUGAGGAGAAGACCCGCACGGGUGAUGUUUCGAGCAUCUCAGGAUCCGAUUCAGAGAGCUCUGAUACAAGCAGUGAGUCAGAGUUGCUGCCCUCUGCCAGUAACAGCCCUGGGACCCCACAGACUUCCCGCUCCCACAAGGUGCUGGUCCGCAACGCAAAGGGCCAGCUCAUCUCUGCAUAUCGCUGCGUGCUGGUCACAGGGAAGGGUGACAUCGAGGAGCCAGCAGAGCUGACAGCGUCACUGCAGAGCCUCAGCAUGAGCACGUGCUGGGUUGUGCUGAUGAUGGGUGGCGGGCACUUCGCAGGAGCUGUGUUCCGGGGCCCUCAGGUGCAGGAACACAAGACCUUCCACCGCUACACGGUGCGAGCACGGCGUGGCACAGCCCAGGGCCUGCGGGAUGCCCAGGGGUCAGCACCCAGGUCGGCCGGAGCUUCCUUGCGGCGUUACAAUGAGGCUGCUCUGCUCAAGGAUAUUCAGGACCUCCUGGCAGCCUGGGCACAGCACCUGAAUGAAGCUCAGCGCAUCUUCCUCCGGGCCCCUCGUCACAACCGUGCGCUGCUCUUUGGUGGCAGGAACCCACCCCUCACCCGAGGGGACCCUCGCAUCUGCCACAUCCCCCUCAGCACCCGCAGGGCCACCCUGCGAGAGGUGCUGCGAGUCCAUGCCACGCUGGCCAGCCUGCAGGUGUAUGGGAAGGAUACACCACUGGAGGAUAUCACUGGGUCCCCCAGAAAGGUCUGGCAGAAAAGGCAGCGGAAAGCAGAGAUUAAUCCCCCACAGGAGAACACAACUGCUGCAGAGGUGGAGGAGGAAGAGGAGGAGGAAAGCCCUGCAGGGGAGCUGGAGACUGUCGAAGUGACACUGGGGACCUUGGACCUCCGGGAGUUCGAAGUGAUGCCCAAGCGAAACCGCAAAAGGAAGAAGAAGAGGGACAAGAAGGUGAAGAAAGAGCCCUGUGCUGAAGAGACUGGAUACCAUUGUACUCAGUGUGUGCAGCCUGGCUGGGAACCAGUGACGGAGCUGCAGGGGGAGACUGAGGCUGGGCCCCUUCUCUGGGGUGAUGGAGGAGACCCUCAGACCCAGCUCCGUGAUGCCUUAUUCACCGCCUGCAAAACAGGGGAUGUGCAGACACUGCGGCACCUCCUGGGUGUGCGAGAGAGCGAGGGCCUGCCAGGGGACAGCAAGGAUGGGGAGGUCACACAGAGUCUGGAUAUGGCCUACUCCCUGCUCAAUCAGCCUGUGGAUGAGCGUGGCUGCAGUCUGCUCCAUGUGGCAGCGCGGGCAGGCAAGGCGGAGGCCGUGUGCCUGCUGCUGGAGGCAGGGGCGGACCCUGCCCUCAGGGACAGGCAGGAAAGGACCCCAUACUGCAUCUCUGCUGACAGAACGACCCGCAACGCUUUCCGCAAGUUCAUGGUGGACCAUCCAGACAAGUACGACUACAGCCGUGCCAAGGUACCAGGGCCCCUGACACAGGAGAUGGAAGCCAAAAAGCUGGAGAAGAAGCGGGCACAGAAAGCCCAGCGGAAGCAACGGGAGCAAGUGCAGCGGGAGGAGCGGCAGCGCUGGGAGCAGGAGCAGGAAGAGAAGCAGAGGUUUGCGGCUCUGUCUGACAGGGAGAAGAGGGCGCUGGCUGCCGAGCGGAGGUUGGCUGCACAGCUGCAGGACACCGGCACAACGCUUACCAACAUCAGGGGCUUCAGCUAUGUGGACCUGGUGGAGGGGCUGCGGGAUGGGCGCUUCUACGCCCUGAAGCGCAUCCUGUGCCACGACAAGGAGGACCGCCAGGCCGCCCUGCACGAGGUGGAGAUGCACGGCCUCUUCGACCAUCCGAACAUCCUGCGCCUGGUGGCCCACGCCAUGGUGGAGAAGGGUGCCAAGCACGAGGCCUGGCUUCUCCUGCCCUAUGUGAAGGGCGGGACCCUCUGGAGAGAGGUGGAAGCACUGCGAGAGAAAGGGACCUUCAUGCCAGAGCAGCGGAUCCUCCUCAUCCUCCAUGGGAUCUGCCGCGGGCUGCAAGCCAUCCACAGCAAGGGCUAUGCACACAGAGACCUCAAGCCCACCAAUGUGCUGCUGGAUGAGGAUGACCAGCCUGUGCUGAUGGAUCUGGGUUCCAUGAACCAAGCUCGCAUCGAAGUCAACAGCUCUCGGGAGGCCAUGGCUGUGCAGGACUGGGCUGCCCAGCGCUGCACCAUCUCCUACCGUGCUCCUGAGCUCUUCACGGUGCCGAGCCAGUGCGUCAUAGAUGAGCGCACGGAUAUCUGGUCCCUAGGCUGUGUGCUGUACUGCAUGAUGUUUGGGGAGGGCCCCUUUGAUGCCAUUUUCCAGAAGGGUGACAGUGUGGCUCUGGCAGUGCAGAACCCGAUCACGUUUCCCCCCACAACCAGGUACUCAGCUGGUUUGCAGCGCCUGCUCUCCUCCAUGAUGACAGUGAACCCCCAGGAGCGACCCAACAUAGAUGACAUCCUCCGCCAGCUGGAGGGGCUGCAGCCAGCACUGGCGGGACAGGACACCACACAGAUCUGAGCCCAUCCCAUUCCAGCAGUGAUGUGCCCCAAGGCUGAGCCAGGAGAAAAGCAGCUGCCCUAAUCCCUGCUCCCCUGCAGACCUGUUGCAGAGGGAAUUAAUGCCCUGGGGGAGAGCUGCUGCUCUAUGCUGGAGGUGUGUUGGAUUUGGAGUGUUCUGUGCCCUGGAUGCUGCUACCUGGGCCUUGGUCUGUGCCUCAGAGCUGUGGACGUGUGAUCUGCUGCUAAACAUGGGGCCCUCGCUGGCUGCUGCCUCCCCCAGGGGUGACAGAAGAGGAUGUUGUAGGACACCCCAGGGGGCAGGAGCCACGGUACCGCAGCUCUGUGUCCCAGGAAGGUCACUCCUGCCCGGGGCAGCACUGCAGGCUGGGUCCCGGUGCUGUGCUGGAGGGAGGCAGAGGGCCCCAGUGCCCACUCUGCCACUGCUCUUGGCACCAACGUUGCCUUGUGUUUGAAGUAAAAUACGUUCUUGCGGA